UUCAAACACUCAUACUAAUGCCUGUACCAUUGAGACAAGCUUGUUUCAAAUGAUGGACGGGUCUAAACAAUUAGACGAAGAAACUUUGCAAGACCUCUACGCGUGGAUAGACAAGAUACCUCUCUCCAGACCCAAACGGAAUAUAACAAGAGAUUUUAGCGAUGGAGCAGUUAUGACUGCAGAGGUAGUGAAGCAUUUCUUCCCUAAGCUGGUGGAGCUGCACAACUACACACCCGCGCAUUCCAUGCAACAGAAGCUGAGUAACUGGAGCACCCUGAACAGAAAAGUUUUCUCCAAGCUGAACUUCCAUAUAUCUGAAGAGACGGCGAAGAAUAUUGUAGUCAGCACAGCAGGCUACAUCGAACCAGUCCUUUGCUCUCUGAGAGAGAAGAUAGAGGAGAAACAGGCAGGAAAACACUUAGAUGGCACACUGGACUUGGAAUAUUACAGCACUACAACUGGACAGUCGAGAUCAGCCCCUCAUACCAGUGCAGCCACUGUGAAGAAGAAAGACAAAGUAAGUGCUGCUGCAGCCUUGAGACCAAAUGUGGAUCCAGGUGUCCGUUUGCUCUUGGAGGAAAAGGAGCAAGCCAUUUUGGCUUUGCAGGAGACUGUUGAGAUUUUACAGAUUAAGGUAGACCGAUUGGAGCAUCUUGUGCAUCUUAAGGAUCUACGCAUCGAGGACUUGACAAAACACUUAGAGCGAUACAAGGCACGCAACUCAUGAUCUCAUUAUUAACAUAUAGAUCCACCAUCAGGAAUUUUAUUUCAGGAAAAGCAUACUAUGUGCAUACUUAAGACUCAUAAUAAACUGUUACAGAGAUAUGAAAUCAUCUCAUUUUCCUCACCUGUUUUCUGACCUGUGAUUGUUAGAGCACUCAGAAUAGAAGCACUGAUGUCAAUAACUAGCAUAUUGUAUCAGCUAAGACCAUCUACAGGAGUUUAUGUACACUGGACCAAACUUUGGCUUUAAAGUCUUUAUUCCUGGGGAGAUUUCAACAAUUCUGUGGAUGAUUAGUUUACUCUGAACAGUAACUGCAAUUACUAUGAUAGUGUUUCCAUUUCAUGUGGAAUUACUGAACAUUAUUUAUAGUCACGUUGAUGUGACUUAAUUUUCUAGAGCUUUACAGUAGAUUCAGUUUAAAAAAAGAAUUUACUGUUAAUUGUACUGUUAUCUGAGGUCCACAUAUAAUGUUAUCAAGAUUUUUACACCAAAAACCACAUAAUUUAGAAGUUAUUGGCUAUUGGCUAAACGCCCACUGCUAUGAUUGGCUAAAAGUUGUGUAUUUUUGACAGCCUACAUCCUUCAUAAAUGGAAGCUGCUGUGAUUUAGGUUAAAAAUGUAUAAAUACUCAAAAAGCAAAUGAUCUGUAAUAACAGACAAAGAAAAAGUGAUCACGUAAUGAAAACAGUUACACUUGUGUGGUGCGACAUUGGAUCCAAUAUAGUUGAUACAGCAUCGUCUUC